AAUAUCCUUGAAAUAAUAUUUACUUGUGGAUAACCUCAAAUUAUCCUGAAUAUAAACAGGAAUUAUUUGUAUUCCAAUGAUGUGUUAAUUCUUUAAUUUAAACAAUUAGAUUUGAAGAAGUGUAUCUGACAACUAUGCUUGAAAUUGAUCCAGAUGUCAAAGUCUUGACGUUUGAAGUUUGAAACAAUUGCAAUAAAAAUGAGUGGCGCGGAAAAAGAUAUUGAAUUGUUUAUUUUCACUUUGAUGAAGGUGAACGAGCUCAGGGAGCAAGUGAAGUGUCCAAAAUGCUUCAAGAUAUUGUCAAAGCCAGUUGUGUCCAAUUGUUCGCACAUAUAUUGCUCAGCCUGCUUUGACUGCAUUGUCAGCUCCACUGUGCCAGGUAACAAAGCUGUAUGUCCUAUGUGCAAGGUUGUAAUGAAUAAGAGAAAGAAGACACCACAUCAAUCAUCUGAAUCAACUGUCAAAUUCAUCAACUCCAUUGAGAAUAAAUUGAUUAAGGAAUUUCAAUCCUAUGAUAAUUUGCUCGCUAAACUAGUAGUAGAUUACACAGAAUUCUUGGAGGAUAAGCAACAAGACAAUAUUGUAGAGCCAUUUGAUGUGAUUGCCAAUAACAGACCAGCUCUGAAAACAUACAAAAAUAAUACAAGAGUAAAUAGAAAUGAGCACCAAGAAAUUGCUGAUGAACAACACAGCUUUCAAAACAGUCAAAGUCGUGAAGACAUAAUCAAAUGGCUUACGGAUAACAAAAAUGAUUUUGAUAGAUUGACACAGACCACUAUGAAUUCUGAUAGCAGUGGUGAUUUUAUAUCUGAGUCGCACAAAAAGAGAAAAGUUAAGAGAGAUGCUAAGGAGAAGUUAAUGAGGAGGUGCAAAUCAUUUAAUGAGCAAGAAUCUGUUAAGAAAACUAAAUCUACGCUGAAGCGGAGGAGCACCGGUAACGCUGAUUUGCGUUCAAAAGAUAAAGUUAAAUUGAUCCAUCUAAUGCAGAAGAUGGAGGAUGAAUGUCUGGAUAACUUGAAUAAAGAGUUUACUUCCGGUUGGAAGAGGUUGAAAACUUUAAAUAGAAGCAGCAAGAAAAAAUCUCCGCCGCUCAAGAAGUUGAAGGUUCAGAAAUCGCAACAGAAGAUUAUGAAGACACGUAACAAGGCGGCAGAGGCUUCUGUAUCUGAUGUUGUUAAAUUAAAACAAAAUUUAAGUAGGACUGAAACUGUGGUGAGGGACGAUACAGUAGAUGAAAAUGAAACGACUGCUGAUGAUACAGUAGUAGCGGUUGUUGAGAAAGAUAAAUCGAAUUUAAAUAUAGUAAAAAACAGUAUUACUAAGCGAGUGCCAUAUGUACAUUUAACUAAUAUGGAAACCUUCUGGGAGAAGCAAGUUCCACAAUUGAUAGGAGAUAACAUGACCCAAUCUGAGUACAGCGUUUUCGAACCAAACGAUUGUCGCAAUGCCGAUAAUAAUAAAUCUAACGAGAUAUUUCAAAGCAAGGAAAUCGAGUUGGUCGUUAAUAAAAGCGUUGAAAAUACUUCGGCUGACGAUAAUGAGCUAUUCUCUUUGCCAACUCAGAAGGUGAUUGAUGUUGAAGACUUAAAUACAUCUUAUGAAGACAUGUUCAACAAAAUCGAGAGGAAAAUAGCGAAGGAUAUGUCUGGAGCAAAGGCUAGUGUUAUAAAGUCAGUGAUUCAAGAAAUCCAGCCACUUAUGCUCCAACUGGAUGCUAUUCUUAAGGACAAUGAUUAUUACAAUAUUAAAAAUUGGUUGAUUAUGGAUGCUUCCACGCAAACAUACUUUAAUCACGACGAGCGCAGAGUUGAAACUGAAGCUCGUUCAGUUCAAACUGAAGCUCUUGCAGUAAAAACUGAGACUCGUACAAUUCAAACUGAAGCUCUUUCAGUAGCAAACAUAUGCACACAAACGCAAAAAACUAAAUGUGAAGUCUGCGCAGUAAGAGAGAACAGACAUUUUGAUGAUAAAUGUAUUCAAACUGUAAACAAUGAAAUGAAAUCAGUUUUCGUACAAACUAAUGAAAAAGAUGAAACAAUUACCUUGUCCGAAAACCUAGAAGAUUUUAAUUACUCUACGCAGCAGAUGCUUAAAGCGAAUGUGAGUAGGCCACGAAGCCAAAAAAUUAAAAUUUUACAGAAUAUUGAUUUUACUCCGCCAAAGAAAAUGGAAAAUCGACAUAAAAUUGAGGAUACGCAUCAGAGCAUAACGCAAAUCAUGGAAAACUUUGAUAUCACGACGCUGGAGCUAAAUAAAAAGGAUGAGAAAAAAGGAGAGACGCAAGAGUCUAUUUCUCAAAUUAUGGACAAUUUGAGCAAACAAUCUGAUGUUUUACAAUCAGCUGUGAUUGUUAUUGAUGAUACUAAGACGGAGCCGAAACCGUCCACAAGUAAAGAUAUUCAAGUACUCUCAGACGACGAUGAUGAAGAAGAUGCAAUGAAUAUAAAAAACGCUCUUUCUCGGGCUUCGGAUCGAUUGAUGCAUUCGACGCCUCUUAAUGCAAAUAAAAGAAAAAUGAUCAAUAUUGGAUUGUCGGCGAUCAAAGCUAAUGAUGAUCCAUUGCUGAAUGCUUUGAUACAAACAAGUUUGCAGAACCAAAGUCAAAAUGAUCUGUUCUUGACUGUUGAUACACAGCCAAAGAAGCGAAGUCGCAGAUUGUCCUUCGCGCAGGAAAACUCAAAUAAGAACUUCAAGCGUAUACGUACGCCCUCUCCAGAAUCUGAAUCUGAUCAUGAGAACAAAUUUAAAAGGAACAACAAACGCUUCAUGCAAGAGCAGGUAAUGGUGCAGUUCGAUACGCAGAGUCAGGCGAGGAGUCCACUGGCUAAAAUUCAAUUAUCCUGCUCUUCAGAUUCUGAAGUGAACAUGGAUUUAGUUGAGGAGGUUUGGAAGAAAUUUGAUAAAGGUAUGCUACGUAAAUCACCGAAGAAGAAUAAGAAUAAAAUGUUGAGUCCGAAAAAGAAGGGUAACAGAAAAUCAGACAACAUUCAGGAUCUUAUCAAUAAAUGCGACUUGCUGGUGGAUAGUGUGACGAAGAAAUUGAAUAAACCUCCAUCGGUUGAUCGUUUUGAUGACAAAGAGAAUGAGAUUGAAGAAGCAAUGGCCAAUUUCAAAUCAGACGAGAGCGUGAAGAGUAAAAAUGCAACAGUCGUAAGCGGAUCAGAUGAAGAAUUGUUUCAAUCAGAUGCCGAAAUUGACGUUAUAGAAGGCACUCCGAGUAAAUAUAAGCGUAUCGACAGAACAAUCACUCCACCACGUGAGUUCCAAGAUUCAGCGGAUAAAACACUGGUGCCUUCGACACCGCCCAAACGUAACAUCAUUGAUUCUCCGGUUAUUAUUUCACAAUCCGACGCGUUCUCUCCGAUUACAAACCUGAUGUCUAAUAAGACCUUGCAAAUGCCUCGCUUUAUGUCCCGGUCGUUCAUUGAGAAGAAGUGCAGCACGCCGAAAGCUCAAUGUAACCAGUUAUCUUUAAAGACGUUUAUGAAGAAGAAUAAACAGGAAGAGAAGAUUACCUUUGAGCGGAAGCAGCCCAACGUAGCUUGCACUAGACUGGUGAAGGAACAAAUCAUCAAUAUAAUGGCUAUGGCUCAAAAGAAGUUGAUAACUUAUAGUUCGAACUUCAGCGAGAAAGUCACCCACAUGAUUGUUAACACGAACGAUGAGAAUCAGGUGAAAGAUGAUACCAUCAAGUACGUUAACGCUGUAGCUUCAGGCGCUUGGGUGCUGAACUACCAAUGGAUCAUAGAUUGUUUAAAGCAUAAUGAAAUUAUACCCGAGAUACAUUACGAAGUACUGGAUUCUUCAGGACUGCCCGGGCCUAAAGAUUCCAGACUGUACAGUAAACUUAAACCUCUUUUCCGCGGAUUCAAGAUCUACGCUGCACCUCCAUUUACUUCAACAACAAAAGGAGACCUGGAGAAUGUUAUCACUAAGUUAGGCGGAAAAGUGGCUAAGUAUAUUGAUGAGUUUCUGGAAAAAGACGGAGACAUUUGCUUGAUAGUCACAGAAAGCAGUAACACGCAGCAGUUUAAUUUGUACGGAGAUUGGCUUGAAACAUUAAAGGUGAUCACUGUAGAUCUAGAGUGGUUGAGUAGAUCUGUGGGUCAGUAUAAGUUGGUGAGCGUGAGGAAGUACGCCUUGUGUCCGGAUGAAGCGAUCUGCGAUCUAGGAUAUCCGGAUGAGCUGAUGACUAUAGACGUCACUCAGCAGAGCUUCAUGUAA